AUGAGAAAUAAGAUUGACAGAUAAACCAAUCAGUUUAACAUGUUUCUAUGGUUAUUCAAUCAGGAUAACCUUGUAUCAGUUGCGGAAAUAAUAUAUAUGAGUAUUCAAUUUUUAAGGAAUUUUACAAAUGUUCAUUCAAUUAAACAAGAUGAAUCAGAUAUUUGGAAAUAAUAUUUAACUUAAAAAAUCUAAUCAAAGAUUUAAAGAAUUUACAAUCGAACACAAAUUAUUAUGUGUGUAUUGGAUUUUUAUGAUUAGUAAAAAUAAAAAGAAUUAUCAGAAAAAAUUAUUAUUGUCUUUACAGUGAAAAUUCAAUUAUUUGAAUGA